AUGCCGAAAAAGACACAGGCUCCAACAACACAGGCACCACCUACACCAACAUCACCAGCACCCUCAAGUCGAGAAGCAGGGGGAUCAGAACAGGCGAAUGCCGUGACAACCUCAUCCGUCCGCUUCACCAACUCAAACAGUAGCAGCAACACUGCAACCACAACUGCAACCACAACUGCUACUUCCCUAAAGCAAACACUCAAACAACGCAACACCACAACCAGCAACAGCAAUGGUCACGAUCUGACAAAUGGACACCGGACUCGGACAGACUCAAAGAUGGGCGAGUUUGAGGACAGUGCCGACAACAGUGGGAGCGAUUCGAGUUCUGAUCGAACUGAACAACUGGACGAAUUCUCGCGCUGGAGGAACGCGGUGCAGCCAUAUUGUCCGUCGUACUCGGUGGCCUUCAAGACUAUCUUUCUCGUGAGGGCGCUGGCAGCGACGUACUCGAAUAUUUCGGACUGUGACGAAGUGUUCAACUUUUGGGAGCCAAUGCAUUAUCUCCAGUACGGGUCAGGACUUGAGACGUGGGAGUACUCUCCCCUGUAUGCUAUCAGGAGUUGGGCGUACAUUCUCCUUCACGCCCUUACCGCGGAGAUCACCCGUCUUGCCCUGACAUUCUUGCCGUCAACGUUUGCAAUGUACACGACAAUGCUGUUCUUCAGCCAGAUGCUUCAACCGCCACGCCAACAUUCAGCAAAGCGGACAUUCUGGGCUAUUUUCUGGGUCGGCCUAGGCGGAUUGUUGGGCUGGCCAUUCUCGGCAGCCGUGGGCUUGCCCUUUGCUCUGGAGGAACUCUUGAUCCACAGUCGCAACCAGAGCAAGAAGAAGACUGUCAGGUUCAGAGAUUGGCGCAGGAUCCGGUUUCUUCGUCUGGUAACAUCUGCCAUUGCAGUCCUGGGAUGUGUCCUGAUCCCCAUCAUUGUCAUCGACCGUUAUUACUACAAAAAGCUGGUCGUUGUCCCUCUCAACAUCGUGUUGUACAACGUCUUUGGCGGUGAUGUUGGGCCUGACAUCUUUGGCACGGAACCAUGGUGGUUUUACAUUCUUAACGGGAUCUUGAACUUUAACGUCCUCUUUAUCGCUGCCUUGGUGUCCCUACCCGCCCUCUUGGUGACAUAUUAUGCCAUUCCGGAUGCGCUUCCCAACUCACCCAACAGUCCAGGAGAGAUCAAGGACCUACUGCUGUUGUUCUCGUUGAAGCUGUCGCCAUUUUACCUCUGGUUCGCCAUCUUCACCGCGCAGCCACACAAGGAGGAGCGCUUCCUGUUUGUUGUCUACCCUCUGAUCUGUUUCAACGCAUGCAUGACCCUUUUCAUGGUCCAGAAGCUGGUCCAGCGUGGCCUCGACCGCUUCGUCACCCGCUCCAAGACGGCGGCGAUUCACAAGUACUCGGCAGGAUUGGUUUGGGUUGUGUUGAUUGCAGCAGCAGCACUUUCAAUUUCCAGGAUCUUGGCGCUUCAUGAACAUUACUCGGCACCUAUUGACGUGUACAGGAAGGCGUUCGAUCUAGUCAAGGUUCCAGGACCUAUUGUUAUCGGAGGCGCUGUUGACCCCACUGUUGUUGCAGCAGCAGCAGCUACUUUAGCUACUUCAGAGGACGGAAGUGUCAAUGUUGAGGCAUCCAAGAAGCCAGAGGUCGUUCGUGUUUGUGUUGGCAAGGAAUGGUACCGGUUUCCCUCGCACUACUUUUUGCCCGAGGGCGCCAAGUUAGGACUGAUCAAGAGUCAUUUUGACGGACUUUUGCCUGGCGAGUUCUUGGAGUCUGCCAAUGCAUCUGGAGAGCUGCCACCUUUGGAGGCACAUCCUUCUGCUAAUGCUGGAAAGACGCAUCGGCCGUUCAGGAUUGACUGGCGCUGGAGUGCAGACAGACGUCCUGGCACUUCGCACAUCCCUCUUUUGAUGAACAACGAGAACAAGGAAGUUCAGGAGCACUAUACACCGUUGGAGCAAUGUCAGUAUUUGGUGGAUCUGGAUUACAGUGGCCGGUACACGGACAAGGAAGACUCUACGACUGCAGAUCUCAUUGAACCACGGUACCUGCAGGACAAGGAGAACUGGGAACGGCUGUAUUGCACAAAGUUCCUGGAUACUACUGUCGGAGCUGGGCGACACCCAUUGAUCCGUGCGUUCUGGAUCCCGGACAAAAUCACUGUUGCACUGACGAGGGGGCAAACAAAAGUCUGGGGAGAUUACUGUCUUGCCCGGCGUAGGGCUACUCCUUCUGUAUGA